AUGUUGUGCUAUGGUAUUGGCAAACAUUGUGAAAAAGCAAAGGACAACGGAAGAGCUUGUAUUAUCGAAUGCGAUCAUUUAGACGAAUUUGUGAGAAUUUGCAAACGAACAACAAGUAACAAAAAUGUUCAAUUCACAAUUGACUACGUUGAUGUUGGGCCCCGGCUCCUGCGUCGCAUGUCCCGCGCCAUGAAACUCAUUGUCGAAAUGUUUCUCUGUGUGACGCAAUUCGGAUUCUGUGCCAUAUACUUUGUCUUUAUCACCGAGAAUCUGUAUCAGGUGCUGGAGCAAAACGGCAUCGAUAUAAGCAUGAGUAUGGUAAUGCUCAUAGCUCUAUUGCCCGCGAUGAUACCCUCGCUGAUGACCAAUCUGAAGUAUAUAUCGCCCAUAUCCCUGCUGGCGAAUGUUGCGCUGCUGUUUGGUCUGAUUGCGACGCUGUCCAUUUCAUUCCAGGAGGGUCCGAUGCCGUCUAUUUCGGAAUGCCAUCUCUUCACCUCAGGUGCACAGUUGUCUCUGUUCUUUGGCACGGCGCUCUUCUCAUACGAGGGCAUUGCUCUGAUCCUGCCGUUACGCAAUUAUAUGCGAGAGCCUGAGCAGUUCAGCAGCCGAUGGGGCGUCCUCAAUCUAACAAUGGUCUUCAUUACGGGCCUCUUCAUUUUCACCGGAUUCGUCAGCUAUAUGCGUUGGGGUGAACUCGUAGAGGGCAGCAUAACGCUAAAUCUGAAUGUGGAGGAUGUUAUGUCUCAGGUGGUGAAGAUUGUGGCUGCCUUGGGAGUAUUCUUUGGCUAUCCUAUUCAGUUUUUUGUGAUGAUAAAAAUCCUGUGGCCGCCUGUAAAGCGUUCGUACAGCUGCGCUCAGAAAUAUCCCAUAACAUUGCAGGUGAUUUGGCGCUUCAUUAUGAUUAUGAUGACAUUCUGCGUGGCGUUGGUUUUUUCUAAGCUAAAUCUGUUCAUCUCUCUCAUUGGGGCGCUGUGCUCUACAUCGCUGGCCUUUGUCGUACCGGUUAUUAUUGAUUUUGUGACUCGCUCUCAAGUUCCUAAGGGUCUCGGCACCUGGACGUGUUUAAAGAAUUUGGUUAUUUUAAUUGUGGCAAUUUAUGGUUAG